GCGGCGCCAUGUGGCGCGGGGCGCGCUGCGGGACGCUCCCGCGCGACCCGGGGCUCCCCACCCCCCGCUCCCCGCUGCGUGCCGCCUCCUCCGGCCGCCGGGGCUGAUGCAUUAACCAUGAUGUGGCUGCCGGUGAUGCGUUUGUGCGGAGCAGGCAGCGCGGGCGGGUGAGCGCGCAGAGCGCCGGCCCCUCCGCUCCGCUCCGCGGAGCCACCGCCAGCCGCGCGGAGCCGAGCCGCGGCCGCCCCGCUCUCGAUGGCGCCGGAGGAGGAAGGAAAGCUUCCCCCUUGCACCUGCUCCGUCGAGACUUGUCAUCUGAAUGUGGAGGAGAGCUAUAAAUCAUGUCGCGUGUGCGCGGCGGAGCCGGCUUCCGCGAGCCCUCGGACUGUGUGUCCCCGUGCUGAGCUUGUGUUUCCCGCUAGGAAAAGGCUGAAACUCAGCAAUGCAGCUCACCAUUACCAAUCUUAUCCCUCUAUGGUUGCUUCCACCUUUCUAUCACCUGGAUGCUCAAGAUGUUUCAGAAACUUGCUGUGUGUUCACCACCAGUUCUGCCAACCAACCCAAGAGGAGACUUACCUAUUGUUUCAUUAGUCAAGCCUAACAUUAUCUUGAACUAAUUAUUCCUCUCCACAUGGCCUUCCUACUGGUGUCAGCUUAUCUUCUGCUGACUCGUACUCAGGGUGCUCCAGUUGAGAAUGGGGCACUGCUGGAAACACUGAAGUCCCAAGUAGGAUUAUUCAGCAAUAAAAGUGAACACUAUUCGGCACAGGUGAGACCUCCUGGCACAAGCCGACGAAUACCUCAAACAAUCAUAAUAGGAGUUCGUAAAGGAGGGACGAGGGCUUUGCUGGAAAUGUUGGAUAUUCAUCCUAACAUUGUGGUAGCAGCUACAGAAGUCCACUUCUUUGACUGGGAUGAAAAUUAUGUGAAAGGAAUAGACUGGUAUAGGAGCCUGAUGCCAUUUUCUUAUGGAAAUCAAAUUACAAUUGAGAAAACACCAGGCUAUUUUACAUCGCCACAGGCUCCAGAAAGAAUUCAUGACAUGAACAGCUCUAUUAAACUGCUGCUCAUUCUAAGAGAUCCCACAGAGAGAGUUAUAUCUGACUAUACCCAAGUAUAUUACAACAGAGUAGAAAGCCACAAGCCUGUUCAGCUUUUUGAAGAUAUUGUUAUUAAGAAUGGAGCACUUAAUACCAAAUACAAAGCUAUUCAGAGAAGUCUAUAUGAUGUUCAUAUGGAAAAGUGGCUCAAGCAUUUCAGUUUGGAUCAGAUUCACAUAGUGGAUGGUAAUACUUUAAUCAAGGACCCUCUUCCUGAAUUACAGAAAGUAGAAAAAUUUCUCAAUCUUCCUUCCCGAAUUAUGUCUUCUAAUUUUUAUUUUAACCAAACCAAGGGAUUCUACUGCAUUAGAAGCGAUGGAAGAGAGAGGUGUUUACACGAAUCCAAAGGGCGCCCCCAUCCUGUUGUCAACAAUACUGUUUUAGAGCAACUUUAUUCUUACUUCAGAGGGCACAAUGCAAAAUUUUACAGAAUGGUUAAUCAUUCUUUUGACUGGCAUUAAUGAAUUUGGGAUCAGUGUUUCUGGAAAAGGGCCUGAGAUAAACUCUUUCAAACACAUCUUUGUAAACCAUAGAGCAUCAUAUUAUGAGAGCUUAACAAACUGGUAACAGGGAAGCAGACAAAACUGUUCUUUUGGAAUAGCAUAUGUAUUAACUCAUUAUAAUGACACCCUUUAUAUAGGAAAAAAUAAGUUUGAUGUAUUUGUAUGAUUACUGUGGAUAAUAUUCUGAUUUUUUUUUUCCCUUCUUGCAAAUGCAUUAACUUCAGUGGAUUUAGUUCAGAACUGUUACAAGCUUUGAGCUGUUUUUGGAAAAAAUGACUGCUUCCAAUAGUGUAAAAAGUGUAAAUAUUUGAAAGGGUAUUAUUCUGACUGUUCUGUAUUUUUUGUUGUUAGUAUUUUUUUAUAUCAGACACCAUGAUAGUGGCAUUGAUUUCUAGAAUUUUUCAUAUAAUAAGUUAAAUACGUAUAUUCAAACAGGGGCAUACUCAGUGGCUCCAUUGAAUAAUUCCUAAUUUGUCAAUAAGUCAAAGUUCUUAAUAAAGUAAUAGUAAAAGGAAUUUAUUUCACCUAUGAUUUUUGAAUAGGUGAACUAGAAGCUCCCUGAGUGUAUGUCAUUAGUAUUAAGUCACACUCUUAAGAGCUUGUGUUUGCAAAAAAACCCCCUCCAAACUGAGUAAGAAUAUGAACAGUUUGAAGAAGCUUUAAGUGAGAGUUCUGAAUGUAAAGAAAUUAAGAUCCCAGGCAACCUCAAUUUACACUGUUACUCUGUAUACUAAAAAAUAAAUUUGUGAAUGCAAAAAAUUUAUUAAUAUCAGAAA